AUGGCGUCAAAGAACAGGACUAUUAGGAAGCGGAAGCUGAACACACCGCGAGCAAAAUGCCAACAGCGAAUCCGACGAAGAGACGGUCUGUUCAGGAAGGCGUUUGAGUACUGCUGUGAAUGCGAUGCGGACAUCUUUCUAAUGAUCCGGCUGAAGCAUAAUGGUCAAAUAUAUAUGUUCAACUCGGAUAGCCGCUGGCCUCUGAUGCACGAAGAUAUGUUCUUCCAGUAUCCAAGACCGAAGACCAUAACCUGGCAAGAACUUGCUGCAAGAUAUACAAAUGGAACAAACCAUCCCGGGCAGCAAAAAUAG